AUGAAGAGAAAGAAGACAGCAUCCCGCGCUGUCCACGAGCUACAGUCCAGUAUCACAGCCGAGCUUUACGUCCCUGAAGCAAAGCCAGUAUCUGUGCCGUCUGCUGCUCCUGCUCCUGCUCGGUUAGACCAGCGAGGUGUCUCUCGCCGCCGUCGAUCGAAGACUGCCAAAAGUUCGAUCGAGAAAAUCAUGCCGCACAAGCCUGGUUCCGCUAUUGCACCAGGCCGCGUUACCAAACAACGCAACAUUGUGCGGCCGGCGAAAGACACCUUCAGAGGAUCGAUAAUUGAAUAUCGAGGUUAUCGCCCAGAUGCCUCGUUUGAGGAGAGACGUCGGAGAGUCGAGAAGUUGAACUUGGAUUUCGUUUUAAAAUCCCGGCCUGCCCAAGUUCUCCUACCUGAGCCACAACAACAACCCGAGUCACCCGUCGCGCCAGUGACUUCAGAGCUCAGCGAGACCUCCGAACCUCCGCCACCCGCCGGUGCUUCGGUGCCAUCAACUACCACUGGACCGUGUAUCACCACCGAGCCAUCAAUCCCAGAGGGUGUUACACCCACCGACUCGUCUCGUAAGGAUGAGUCGUACGAUGGCUAUACACCGAGACCAGCAGGCCCACGCACUCGGCGGCGAGUACACUGGCAUGAAGCCAGUGGUGCUCCACUCGGACAGCCGGUUGUUGACAUCCGCGUCUAUGACCCCAGCGCUCCAGUCAGACCAGCAGCAGGGGUGGAAGACAGUCAGCAGCCGGCGCACACAACUAUUGGCGACAAGUCACCAGAGGGCCCUUUCAUCAAGCCCAUCAGCAGCAAAUGGGACUCGCGUCUCACUGCUGAUAUGUCCCUUCCCGAUUACCGACAGGUUGGGACAACGAUCUCUGGUGACCCCCUGACCCGUAAGGAUUUUGCGACAUGCUACACCCCGUUAGCGUGGCUCAAUGACGAGGUGAUAAACGCAUACCUCGCAAUAAUCCUUGACUACGCUCGAAGGGCAUCGGGCAGUUCAGGGAGGCACCGGGAGCCCAAAUACCACGCCUUCAAUUCAUUCUUCUACUCUAGUCUCAGGGACCGAGGCUACGAGUCCGUACGGCGUUGGGCUUCCCGGGCUAAGAUUGGGGGUCCGGCCUUGUUGGGGGUAGAGGUGGUUCUCAUCCCUAUCCACAACCAAGCGCACUGGACCCUCAUGGUCGUCAAACCGAAGGCUCGAACCAUAGAGUACUUUGACUCCCUAGGCGGCGCUUCACGAGCUCACAUCAGCCGAGUGAAGGAAUGGCUCCAGGGAGAGUUGUGUGACCUCUUCGUCGAAGAGGAAUGGCGGGUUCUCCCGACAAACUCUCCACAACAGGACAACGGCAGCGACUGUGGGGUGUUCCUCCUAACUACUGCUAAGUUGGUGGUGUUAGGCUUGCCUCUCUCAUAUGGGGCGAGAGACAUUCCCACGAUCCGCAAGAGGAUCGUUGCCGAAAUCCUCAAUGGAGGGUUCGAAGGAGAUUUCGACCCGAAGGUUGAGUUCCCUGUCAGACCUAGGCUGUAA